AUGGACCACGACGAUACCCGGGCAGUCGAGGAGACGGAAGCCGCCCGAGUAGAACGACUCGGACGUCAACGACCAGACAAGCUCACCUCGAUAUGGCGAGAGACUGGGUUCGUCUUCUCCAUUGUCAUGUCGCAGGUUCUGUCCGAAUACUUCGUCUCAGGUUUCACCGUCCUCAUCCCGACCGUCGUCAGGGAACUCGACAUACCACCCGCCGCUACAACAUGGCCAGCAAACGCCUUUUCAUUGACGCUAGCCGCGUUCCUCCUACCUUUCGGUCGGCUUGCAGAUAUCUAUGGUGGCUUUUACGUCUAUAUCGCAGGCUGCAUCUGGUACUGCGUCUGGUCCCUCAUCGCCGGCUUCUCCCAAAGCGAGCUCAUGCUGGAUUUCUGCCGCGCCCUACAAGGCCUGGGCCCGGCCGCUUUCCUCCCUGCCUCCUUGACCCUACUGGGUAGUAUGUAUCGCCCCGGACCAAGAAAGAACAUGGUCUUCUCCAUCUACGGCGCCAUGGCGGCGUUUGGCUUCUUCGUUGGGAUCUUCUUCGCUGGUGUUAGCGCACAAUAUGCUGGCUGGAGAUGGUACUUCUGGAUCGGUUGUCUGCUGUGUGGCUGUACGGCUGUCGUGGCAUACUUUGCUAUCCCGAACGAUUAUGCGGAGCACAAAGGUAAUGGUGUCAAGAUGGAUUGGUGGGGCAGUGCGACUACGAUUAUUGCUCUUAUCUUGCUCGUCUUCGCCGUCACGCAAAGCGCUCACGCACCCCAAGGUUGGGCUACGCCGUAUAUCUACGUCACUCUUAUACUGGCUGUGGCUGCUUUUGCGGCUACAAUCUAUGUCGAGGGCUGGGUGUCUGAGCAGCCAUUGCUACCCUUCGAGGUCUUCAAGAUCAAGUGCAUGAGCCCUUUCAUCAUCGGCCUGCUUUUCGCCUACGGUACUCUUGGGAUAUUCCUACUAUAUGCGACGUUAUACAUGCAAAACAUCUUCGGCAUCAGCCCCAUGCUAACAGUAGCAUGGUACGUCCCCAUGGCUCUCGGCGGCUGCAUCCUAGCCACAGUCGGCGGUCUCCUUCUCCAUGUCGUUCCACCCGUCAUUCUCAUGGCAAUCACCGGCGUUGCCAUAAUCAUCAACUCUGUCCUCUUCGCCACCGUCCCCGAACACGCCAGCUACUGGGCCUGGAUCUUUCCCGCCAUGAUCUGCGCAACCAUCGCCGUAGACCUGAUUUUCACAGUCGCGAAUGUCUUCCUCACGACAAGUAUGCCGGCACGACAGCAGGGCUUGGCUGGAGCUCUGGCGAAUGUGAUUCCGCAAUUUGCUAUUGCGCUUUGGUUGGGAUUUGCGGAUAUUGUUGUUACGGGGACUGCUGGGCAGGGGGAGAGACAGAGUUAUAAGAAUGCUUUUUGGUUUGAGAUGGCUUCUGGUGCGGCGGCGCUCGUUAUUUUCUUGGGGUUUGUAAGGAUCGAUCGGGCGAAGAGCGAUCUUACGGCGGAUGAGAAGGAGAAGCAGAAGGGUCAGGAAGCUGUUGUGCCGGAGCAAGUUGCGGAAAAGCCCUGA